CAUUUUGGCUGUACAUACUUGUUUGUAGACCUGACACCAUUUCAUACAAUUCACACAGCUGACUCUUGCUGACCAACAUUACCACCUGCGUUUUUAUCAUCAUCUGCCUUUCUGUCAAGGCUUGCUCCGAGUCUAGUGGUGAGUGCCCGUCAGCAUCAGCGCAGCUCUGAUUGCAUUCUCAGCAUGGCAGCCAGCAGGUUUAUGUUCUGGGUAACACGCAGCCUUCGCAUUGCUCUGCGGCAGAGUUGGAAUCCUUCACGUGCCAUGGCCUCAGACGCAACAGUGGGAUCUCCAGGUCCAGUAGAAAAUAUCAUGCGAGAAAAGCUCACGACCUUGCUUCAACCGUCUAAACUAAUCAUUACGAACGAAUCGCAGUUGCAUAGACAUCACGCCGCAAUGCGCUCUCAAGGUGGCGGGAAUGGAGAAACACAUUUUGCCGUGCAAGUAAUCUCAGAUGCUUUCCAAGGGAAGAACACGGUGCAACGCCAUCGCCUCAUCUACUCUGCCCUUUCGGAUGAAUUUGCUCAAGGGUUGCACGCACUAUCGCUAAACACGAAGACAGCAGAGGAAGCGCAGAGAUUCCAAGCUGGAAACUGA